AUGGCUUCUAACAUCAUUCGCCGAAGGGUACAGCCCUCGCUUUUGCACCCAGCUCGCCAAGUGCAAUCCGCAAUUCGCGCAAAUGCCACCCCUUCAGCACGCCGCUUUUUGAGCGAAAAGCCCGGCUUAGAAUCGACAGAUAUCAGAGACAUUGCUGAUGCCAGAAAGACGAAUCCCCCGCAGCCCAAGAUCUCAAAUGCCAGCGUGGCAGGAGAGAAACUUACAGAGGAGCAACAGAAGGAGGUAGAUGAGCACAAUGAGGACUUCGAGAAGAAGCACGAUACUGCAGCGCCUGCCGAACAAGAUAAGGUUGACAAGAAGUUCUGGUCUAACAGAAAAGGAGGAAUGUAA